GUGGAACCACCCCGACACCGAAAUUCGGAUUUUGCCUGCCUUCACUCAACUGCAGGAGUCUCACUCAACAACACGAACACUUGCACAAUUCUCAUCUCCCCCGGCAAACGGACUAAAUACUUGGCUGGCUACUUAUCUAGCUAUAGUUUGACAGGACUUGUUAUCAUCAUCGCUAAUCGGUAUCGGCAACUACAUACUUUUUUUUGUUACCAGUGACUGAUUGAUUUCCUGGCAAGGAUCCUAUUUACUUUGGAGAAGAAGAAGAAGAGUCUUGAUUUUCAAGAUUUAACGGAUCAACUGUCACCAAAGGAGAUACUUAAUGAGCUGACGGAUGAGUAAGUAAGUAACUAGAAAAAGUGUGGAUAAGCCCAAUUUUGUUAACCAACUCGCCCCAAUUACUUAAGUGAAAGCUAUUAAGUUGCAUUACGUCACGCGAACGGGACUUUUCAACACGCCAGAAAAUUAUUUGACUGACGUACGUGGAGAUAAUUAAAAGUUGGUUAAUUACUGUAUGUAAUGUGUGAAGUAAAUAAUACGUGGGUAAUUUCUAACUGUCAAGAAAUAAGUUAUUUAUUAAAUGUAUCUACGUAAUUCGGGACAAUUUUCACCAGAAAUGAUCUCAUUCCAUGAAUAAUCGCGGAAAAAUUUGAGCAGAAACUACUCGGCAUCCUCUUGGGUCUCGACAAUCAAAUUACAACCAGCCAGUAGACAAAACUCUCACUUGUGAACCCUUACUCAGAGCAUGAUUGAAAUGGGAGAUCCACUGAACGAGCUUCAUCAUGACAUCGGCCAGGAUUCAACCCAGAAUAAUGACGAAAACACCGCCUGGAAUCAAAGUUCAGGUGGUGAAAGCUUUGAUCCCGACAGUACCGACUACAACGACACGAUGGACUACGUACCUUUCAGCUCGAGACCAGAAACCUACAUCGUCCCGAUCCUCUUCGCGAUCAUAUUUGUCAUCGGGAUUCUGGGGAAUGGAACGCUCAUCGCCAUUUUCAUGAAGCACCGCACCAUGCGGAACGUUCCCAACAUUUUAAAUUCUAUAAUUGGGGACAGGUACAUCGUCUCCUUGGCGGUUGGGGACCUAUUCGUGAUCCUGUUCUGCGUCCCUUUCACGUCCACCGUGUACACCGUGGACAGCUGGCCGUAUGGCGAAUUCGUCUGCAAGUUCUCCGAGUUCAUUAAAGAUCUCUCCAUCGGGGUUUCCGUCUUUACGCUCACGGCGCUUUCGGCGGAUCGCUACUUUGCGAUUGCAGACCCCAUGAGGAAACUGCAUGGGCGGAGGGCUACCCGCAUUACGUGCAUCACUAUUGCAGGAAUUUGGCUCGUCUCGAUCGGAUUUGCGCUGCCCUCCGCGAUAUUUUCCUACGUACGAGAUUUCUCUCAUCAAGAUCCCGGCCGGGUAUUUUACGUCUGCUACCCAUUCCCACCCGACCACCCAUUUGGAGACAAAUACCCGCAGAUGAUGGUCAUGUUUCAUUUCCUGGCCUACUACGCCAUCCCGCUCUUCUUCAUUGGAUACUUCUACAUCAUCAUGGCUCGUCACUUGGUCCUCUCCACCAGAAAUAUGCCCGGCGAGUCCCAAGGACAAGCCAAACAGAUGCAGGGACGGAGAAAGGUGGCCAAGAUGAUUUUAUCCUUUGUGCUGAUUUUUGCCCUGUGCUUUUUCCCCUCGCACUUGUUCCUCCUUUGGUUCUACUUCUACCCAGAGGCAGAAAAUGGAUUUAACGACUUUUGGCACGCCUGCAGAAUCACGGGAUUUUGUCUCUCCUUCAUCAACUCGUGUAUCAACCCCAUCACACUUUACUGUGUCAGCGGCACGUUUCGCAAGCAAUACAACGAGCACCUCUUCUGCUGGUGUUGCUGUCGAACGGAUCCACGUCGCACCCCGCAGGAAGCCAUGCUCCUCCGUCAAGCCGGCUUCGCGUGUGGCUGUAGUUUGACCGGGGUCCAACAAAUCCACCACGGUCACACCCACACCGGAGCUGCCGGACCUGGACUCGCCCUGCACGCUAACCACCUGCGAACCUCCCACAGCCCGAGCCAGCACCAUCACCACGUUCACAAAAAAAGUUUCCGUGGAGAACGUGACUCCGCGGUCAACCAACAAACUAAAGCUAUCGUCGUGGUGGGUGGAAAGUCGGCAUCGUCGCCCACCACCACGAACGGCAAUAUUCACCUCAACAACGCCGCGCCAGGAUCACCCUGGUCGAGGAAAAAUAGCAGCUCAACCACACCCUCAGGUUCGGAUGGUGGUGGAGGUGGAGGCGGAGGAGCAAUCCCGCUAACGCACAUCGUUACCUCAUCACAACAUAAAUCAUCACCGAGAAACAAGCAGUUGGCUGAUGAGAAUAGUUGCUAGUUUUUCAGAGAGGAGAAAGUCCGGAGAAAGUGAAAGUAGUGUCGGAUAAACUUUCUACUACGUUAUUGUUAUUAUGAUUGUUUCCCAUUUUGACACGAAGUACGUGUGACACGUGGAGCAAAUGAAUUUAUAUAAGUUAUAUAUCUUUCUUUUGUACGUAUUUACUUGAGUACUUAUCUAGGUGUAUAUUUAUCAUGUCAACUGUGUAUUUAUUAAGUAGCCAGCUAACUUGAGAAGCACGUAUGUAUAAUAUUGAAUCAAAUGGUUUAGUUCUUCUUGAGUAAAUAAAUACUCUUUUAGUCACUGGAAGAUUGAGCGUGUGUGAAAAGUUGGAGAGCUAAAAUAUCUUGGCGUUAAGUUGUAUAUAGACUUUUAGUUUACCUUGAGAUGAGAUGAGAGAAUCGAUAUCAAGUAAUUUGUGAUUGAUGGAUGGAUGGAUAAAUUGAUGAAUGUGUGAUAUACUCAGCAACCUGGUGUAUUCUUAUAAUGGAAGAAAGUAAAUAUGUAUUUACGUGAGUAAGAAAUUUCUUGGAAUUUAUUUUCCAAUUAGGGAAUAAAUAGUUGUAUGUAAAUGAAGUGGAGAAUUUUUAUG